UUUUAUUUUAGUGUUUGUAAAUAUAACUUUCUGUGUCCUUUGAUGUUCUUAAAAGUGCGUGUUUAAAAUUUUGUAAAUUAACUAUUUUAUUUUAUAGGUUCCACAUUAUUAUUAUUAUAAAUUGAUAAUAAAUAUUUAUUCCUUUUCUGUUUUUAAUGCUUAAUCGCUGAGAAAAAAAUUACAUUGCUGGCACUGAAAUGGGCUUGUUUCGACAUUAUGCGAGGGUAUUUUUUAGAACUCAUUUUCGACCUAUUCCUCAUCCUGUAGCUAAAAGAUGGGAAAUGAAUUCAUCCUUAUUGUACUUUGUUUUUGCCUGGACAGCAUUUGGAUGGUCUCUUUAUUAUUUUAAAAAUAAUACUAAUAAAGACUCACCUUAUGCUAGUGGUAUAGCUAUCACACCUUACCAGAGCAUGAGGAAGUUUGGUGCAGCUGAUUCAGAAAACACUUUGAUCCGAAUAAAAGGUUUGAAUGUUGAAAGGGAAGUUUUGAGUUUAGAUGAAGUUUUCGAAAAAUGUGAAGAAGAAGAAAGGAAAAUCAAGUCAGCAUAAUAUACGUCAAUCCUGUAAUAUAUUAUUGUUAUAAAAGAAAUGUUUUAUAAAAUAAAGAACAGACACAUA